UUCUUAUUUGAAAUCCAAAUCGAAAUGCCUCAACUUGAUAAAUUAACUUAUUUCUCACAAUUUUUCUGGUUAUGUCUUCUCCUCUUUACUUUUUAUAUUCUCUUAUUUAAUAAUAAUAAUGGAAUACUUGGAAUUAGUAGAAUUCUCAAACUACGGAACCAACUGCUUUCGCGCCGGGGGGGCGAGAUCCAGAGCAAGGACCCUAAGAAUCUGGAAGAUAUCUCGAGAAAAGGUUUUAGCACCGGUCUCUCAUAUAUGUACUCAAGUUUAUCCGAAGUAUCCCAAUGGUGUAAGACCGUCGACUAUUUGGGAAAAAGGAGGAAAAUCACUCUGAUCUCUGAUUUCGGAGAAAUAAGUGGCUCACGAGGAAUGGAGAGACAGAUUCUCUAUUUGAUCUCGAAGUCCUCAUAUAACACUUCUUCCAGUCGGAUCACUUGUUGGAAAAACAUAAUGCUCACACAUGUUCCACACGGGCAAGGAAGCAUAAUAUCAUGAAAGCCGUCUGAUAAUCUUUCUAUAGGUUCCCCGAAGAGAAUGG